GCGCUUGCUGCUGCUGUUGUUGUUGGCGGCGGUGUUGUUGUUGGUGAUGUUUGUUGCCGGUUGUGUAACUGCUUUACUUAGUGGGGAGCUCUACUCGUCUGCGUUGGAGUUUCUCGUCGAGUGUUAUGGCUGGGCGCGGCCUGGCUUCCUGCAGCUGCGGAGCCGGCGAAGUUCGGCAGUGGAUGAGCGUUUCUGAGAAGAGAGGAGGAGGCUGCGGUGAAGAGAGCUUUCUCAUGGAGGCCGUGGUUUCCAGCGAGCGCCGAGCGGGCUCCAUGUCCGAGGCGGUGGGCGGACAGGAAGGCGUCGGCAUCGCCGCCGCACAGGAUGGCCUGCCACAGGUCACCACCACCACCAGGCAGAGAGGAGAGCGCAGGGAGGAUGGGGACGGCAGUGGAAGUGGGCGCGAACGGUCGCACAGCGAACCCCACACGGACGAGGAGAGCGAGGAGGAAGAGCUCUCCCUGAAGUAUGGCGCCAAGCACGUCAUCAUGCUCUUCGUACCAGUCACGCUGUGCAUGCUGGUUGUCGUCGCAACCAUCAAAUCUGUCACCUUCUACACGGAAAAAAACGGCCAACUCAUCUACACACCAUUCACCGAGGACACAGACACUGUGGGACAGCGAGUGCUUAACUCCAUUCUCAACACCAUCAUUCUCAUCAGCGUCAUUGUGGUUUUGACCAUCUUCUUGGUGCUGCUGUACAAGUACCGCUGCUACAAGUUCAUCCAUGGCUGGCUGAUUAUGUCAUCCUUAAUGUUGCUGUUUCUCUUCACCUACCUUUAUCUGGGAGAGGUAUUCAAGACUUACAAUGUGGCCAUGGACUACCCAACACUCAUUCUCAUCAUGUGGAACUUUGGAGUUGUGGGCAUGAUAUGCAUCCACUGGAAGGGCCCACUGCUUCUGCAGCAAGCCUACCUCAUCAUGAUCAGUGCUCUCAUGGCCCUGGUCUUCAUCAAAUACCUCCCUGAGUGGUCUGCGUGGGUCAUCCUUGGAGCCAUAUCUAUCUAUGAUCUGAUAGCUGUGCUGAGUCCAAAGGGCCCAUUGAGGAUGCUUGUAGAGACUGCUCAGGAGCGGAAUGAGCCUAUCUUUCCUGCACUCAUCUACUCCUCAACCAUGGUAUGGAUGGUGGGCAUGGCCGACACAAACUCCACAGAGCAGCAGAGUACCAGGCCUUCCCCUGAGCCAAACAAUGAUGCACAAGUACCAAAUGGCGGCCAAGGAGACUUCACGGGUAAUUUCUUGGGGGACUCGCAGCCAAGUGAACCCGAUGUGCCUCGAACCACUCACGAGGCUCGAGAACUAGCGCGGGAACGAGCACGCGCUAACCCCCCCAUGCCACCGGAAGAGUCUGAGGAGGAGCGAGGAGGUAUAAAGCUUGGCCUGGGAGAUUUCAUCUUCUACAGUGUGUUGGUGGGAAAGGCCUCGGCAGCUGCCAGUGGAGACUGGAACACCACCCUUGCCUGUUUUGUGGCCAUCCUUAUCGGCCUUUGCCUGACCCUGCUGCUGCUGGCAAUAUUCAAGAAGGCAUUACCAGCACUUCCCAUCUCCAUUACGUUUGGAUUGAUCUUUUACUUUGCUACUGACAACUUGGUGCGGCCUUUCAUGGACAGCCUCGCUUUUCAUCAGUAUUAUAUUUAGCUGUGCUCUUUCCCAGCGUUGCAUUGUACAGUCCUUGGUCCAUCUUCCACAGUGUAACCCUUAAUCUGUACAGAUUUCUAUAAGUUAGAUUUUUGUGUUAUUGACCUGAAUAAAUGUGGGUGUACAACAGUAUUGCUACUGCUUCCUUUGCAUCACACCCGUAAAAAAAGCUCUUAUUUUCAGAGAUUAAAGCAAGCACAAGUGCUGAAAUCACACUCUGCAAAUCUCAGUUUUUUUUACUUCAUAGUGAAAUACAUCAAUAAUAUCAGGAAUUUAGUUUAACACGUAGGCUCUAUUAUUAUGGAUCAUGAGUUUCAUUGAUAAUGAGCAUUAUUAGAAGCCUGUAUCUU